AUGGCAGCUAGACAAGACAAUCCACAGAAGAACAGCACUUCCGAGGUCGCAUCCAUUUCCAUCUUCAGCCACGGACGGCUCUCAUUCGAGUCGCAAGUCAGUACCGACUUAUCAAUACUGGAUUUCCCCUACCGCGAUGACCCACUUCCUCUCGACUCAGAAGCUAGCACCGAUGGCGCACACAAGCUCGACAAAAGCAGCACGCCUCCAGGCUCUGUGCUUACCGAUGAAGUGCCACAAGAAACGCAUUUGCGAGCCCUCCAAGGCUGGCCAACGUCACCGCGGUCGGUCGAAAUCUCUACCAGUUUACUGAUCUGGUAUCUCGUUGUCGACAUAUCACUACUGGCAAUGUCAUUUACUUUCUUCGUUUUCGCCGUCUUGGUCCUCUCAUUCGAUCAAAAGCCAACAAGCUCUCAUCAACGAGCAGCUCUGAGAUUCGAGCAGGCCUCGAAUUGGGGCCCGACGAUCUACCCCAUACUCUUUGCUUCGGUUGUUGGGCGAGCCACCCAUGCGAUUCUGCUAUGGAGAUUUGAGAGGGGCGAACGUAUUUCGACCCUGGACAUACUAGCUGGUAGUACAUCUCUCACUAGUACUGUUGCUUCACAAUUUCACCUACGGACGGUCAGCUACGUAGGUCUGGGCUUAGUCGCUAUCUGGAUGCUAUCUCCUGUGGGUGGUCAGUCGUCUUUUAGACAGAUAACUUUCGGUCCGAAACAGCACUCCGAGGGCGCAAGUUACACUUAUGUCGUACCCGGACCUGGUAUGUGGGCACCUGACCAAUUCACAACCGAGUCGAUUUUGAACAGCUUCUACGUGGCCGCACUUCUUAGCCCAGCUACCAAAGAAGCCUCUCCGCGUGAUGCAUGGGGCCAUGUCAAAAUCCCCAGGAUCGAACACUAUGAGAGCACGUCCAAUGCCGACAAAGAAGGCUGGUAUACGACCAACAACGGCACGGGCGACUCUUAUAGUUCAUUCAUUGGCGUGCCGAUGAGUGGCUUAGACUCGCCAGAUUACGCCGACUACGCAGCCAAGAUCGAGGCCAUGUAUUUUCAUCCGAGAUGUUCUAAUGUUUCAUUCCCGGACGACGAAUACAAUCACUCAAGUUGGAUCGGGAAUCUACACUGGACCGAGAACACCGUGGAACGAUCUAGACGUUCCGCUGAGGAUUUGAAGCCUUUCAGUUUCGUCUGGAAAACAAGAGCGGAGCCUCAGUCUGAUUAUAAACCAUUCGUUUGUACACUGGAAACGGCAUACGUCGAGGUCGAAGUCUCGUGUGCGUCACACACCACUUGUUCGGCAUCGCAUGUUCGCCGUUCCCUUCUCAAGCACCCGCCUGUGGCGUACACGCAAUUAGGGCUGAUAUAUCGGGAUAAUGAAACUAUGUGGGAGAAGGCGAUCGAAUCGUCUUCGGGGCUGCUUUCUGAAGGUUACGUCCAGGACCCAACAGACCCGCGAAACCAAUUACGGACAUCGAAGGGAGAAACAACUGCCGAAGCCGCUGGAAUACGAAUCGGACAGAUGCUCAAUGCAUACUGGGCAACCAUGAAUGGCAAAAGCGUUUUCACUGGCGCAUUCAACGAGCACACGACCUGGUUGGAUCAAUCCAUCGCCUGGAAGUACCAGGAUGGGAGCCAACUGAUCAGCUCCACUGGGCCAAACAUCUACAUUUGUCCAUUUGGAAAGACCUCAAAUUGUAGCUUUCAGUCCCCCGGGGCGGGCCAAUCGUCGACAUGGAACUAUGACCACUAUAGUUUAGCAAGAACAUGGGCUACGACGGGCACAAAACGCAGCAACGUCGAGGUCUUUCACGCCCACUACCAAUGGGUCGUGGCGCUCAUCAUCUCUUCCACUAUUCUCAUCAUGGCGAGCCUGGUUCCUCUCUACGUCCGGACGAAGCUUUCGUGUGGCCCGGAUAUACUCAUGAACUUCUCCAGUCUGGCGACUAGGGAUAACCCCUAUGUAGCUUUGCCGGCUACGGGAACGCAUCUCGACGCCGCUGACCGAUCGCGGUUCAUGCGACAUGUGCGCAUUCGUUUUGGGGAUGUGGAGGGAGAGAAUGCGAUCGGGAGGUUGGGGAUUGGGCGGUUGGAUGGCGAUGUUGCGCCGCUGAGGAAGGGGAGGCAGUAUGCGUAG